CACAUAAGACAUAACACCACUGGUUUUACACUCAAAAAGUCAGUCUUUAUACCCUACAAUACAUACACACUGCAACAAUAAUAAGUACUUUCUGUUGCUUCUCUAGCUUCUUCAUUCAAUCCCAUCACUUCCCAUUCUCACAAUCCACUUUUCAAAUCUCUGCAUGAACCAUAUAUCAUCAUAUCAACUCUGUUGUCUAGCUUUUAAGGAUAUGAUGUUUCUCUGAUCUUCUUGUGUACAAAAGUUUUACUGAAAGAUUUUUCAGCUUUUCUUUGUUGAUUUUAUUACUGAAAGAUUUUCAGCAUGCCGGAGAUACACGAAGAGAAUAAUGCCCAAAUCCGAUCAUCUCUGUCGCAGCUCAUUCUCAAGAGCGGUUCCAAUAAUACUCUCGAUUCCAUUUUCUCCCAUUGCCAUCAGGAAUCAAACCCAAACCCUUCCCCUGUUGUUCAACCUCUGGGAUCCUCAGUAUACCUGCGCCAGAGAGAUUUGCUCCAAAAAUUCUGCGAAGAAAACAGAACAAACCCUGAAGUUUCAAGGGCGGACCCGUUCAAGAAUUUCCUGUACGCGAAUCCAGCAGGGGGGAAGAAGAAGCUGUACAGAGGGGUGAGGCAGAGGCACUGGGGGAAAUGGGUGGCGGAGAUAAGGCUUCCCCAGAACAGAAUGAGAGUGUGGUUGGGGACUUACGACAGCGCCGAGGCGGCGGCUUAUGCCUACGACAGGGCGGCGUAUAAGCUUCGCGGCGAGUACGCGCGUUUGAAUUUCCCGGAUCUCCGCGACCCCGCCCGGCUGGGGUUCGGGGAUCAUGCGAAUAAGUUUAACGCCGUGAAGAACGCCGUGGACGCGAAGAUUCAAGCGAUUCGGCAGAAGGUGAGAAGGGAGAAGGCGAAGAAGGAGGCCAAGAAAAGCGAUGAGAGUGUGAUGGCGGUUGAGUCGUCUUCUUGUUCGACGUUGGCUGGGAAUGAAAGCUGGAGUAGUACGAUUUCGCCGAGUGUUUCUGAAGAUGGGUUUUGGAUGAGCGAUACUUCGCCGGUAUCCGGCGGCGAGUUGGCGGCGGGGGCGGUGGCGGAGCAGACAUCGGAGAUGGAGGAUUGUUUCCUGGCGAGGAUGCCUUCGUUUGAUCCGGAGUUGAUAUGGGAAGUUCUGGCCAAUUAAGAGAUUGGUUAAUUAUUAGCAGUUGGUGUGUUUAGUUUUUAGCCGCUGUUGUGGCAAGUGGCAAUGGUAAAUGGCUAAGUUUUGAAAAUUCACCAUCUAGUUGUCAAACUUGUCAUGUGCUUUAUAAAUUAUAAUUAGCUUAGAACUAAUCCCAUUUUGUACUUUCAUUAUAAUACCACUUUUCUUUUCUUUUUUCUA